UUAGGGCGCGCCUAGCGCCCAGCGCCGAGAAUGGAGGCGCGGGCCGUGGCACCGGGCAUCCAGCUCCUCCGGGCGCGCCGCGCCUCCAAUUUCAGCCUCGGAUUCUACAAGGCAUCGGUUCUAGGGAUCACAUUCCUCGCCUACGCCGGCUAUCACGCCGCGCGCAAGCCGAUCAGCAUCGUCAAGGCCGUGCUCCAUCCGGAGUACUCGGAUCCAGGCUUCGCGGUGAGCCCGAGCUCCAAUCUCUCCCCGUCCAGCAGCAUCGAUCCAGGAAAUGCCCGGGAGGGGUGGAGUCCCUUCGUAGGGAGUCGAGGUAAAGCCAGGCUCGGGAUUAUAGAUGUAGCUUUUCUAGCUUCUUACGCUAUAGGAAUGUACUUCGCGGGUCAUCUGGGUGAUCGUCUCAACCUCCGGUUUUUUCUUUCGGCUGGCAUGGCGGGCAGCGGGGCAUUCUCGUGCCUGUUUGGGAUGGCUUACUGGUGGAAGGUCCAUUCUCUAGGCUACUUCAUACUCGUCCAGAUGGUAGCGGGGGUCUUUCAAUCCACAGGGUGGCCGUCGGUGGUGACCAUUGUCGCGAAGUGGUUUGACAAGAGCAAGCGGGGAUUGAUCAUGGGGAUCUGGAACUGUCACACCUCGGCUGGAAACAUCGUCGGCUCGCUGCUCGCGGCGGAGAUGCUGCAGUAUGGCUGGGGGUGGUCGUUUGUAGCUCCCGGUUUUCUCAUGGCUAUGGCGGCUUUGGUGGUUUUCUUCUUCCUGGCAGUGGAUCCGGAAGAGGUUGAUAUGUCGUCUUCGAUGGCGACGGCGCCUGAGCUGAUCAUGCUGAGGCAACCGCACAACGAGUUCCAGGGCCUGGAUAUAAAUAGCGACGGUGAGGAGUUUAGGGAGGUUUCUCUCGCGCCAGGGACGAGGAACGACUCGGCUGUGGGGUUUUUUGAUGCCUGGAUGAUUCCAGGCGUUGCACAGUUCGCACUGUGCCUGUUCUUCUCCAAGCUGGUGGCUUAUACGUUCCUCUACUGGCUUCCGUUCUACAUAAGGCAUACUAAGAUCGCUGGCAACUAUCUCUCCGAUGGAAUGUCGGGUCGAUUGUCCACACUUUUCGACGUGGGAGGUAUGUUUGGAGGCGUUGCUGCUGGCUACAUCUCGGAUCAACUCAACGCGAAAGCAACCACGGCGGCAACUUUUCUGUACGUUGCAGUCCCAGCGCUGGUUCUGUAUCGCGUCUAUGGCAGCUCGUCUCUAGCUGGCAACGUCGUGCUCAUGGUCUUCCUGGGAGCUUUCAUCAACGGGCCGUAUGCUCUCAUCACCACAGCCGUGUCCGCGGACCUUGGCACUCACAGCUCGCUCAGUGGAAGCUCCAAGGCUCUGGCAACCGUGACCGCUAUCAUCGAUGGCACGGGCUCCGUCGGUGCUGCUAUUGGGCCGCUGCUAACGGGAUUCGUGUCGGAGAAAGGAUGGGACGCAGUGUUUGGGAUGCUCAUCACCUCGGUGCUCAUCGCUGCGCUGCUGCUCAGCAAGCUCGUCUACACGGAGCUCACUGCAAAGUUUGCGAGCGCAAAUGCCGCUCCUUUCCAGCCGCUUGGCGACGAUCAGAAUCAAUUGUACUGACUUAGAGCUGUGACAAGCACAAGAACAAAGCGAUAGGAUUUUUCUCUGCUUGUAGUUCAUGGUUGAGUUAUCAAAUGCUUUAUGACAAAAUAUUCCGCCAACCAUGCGUCCUUGCAGAAAAGUGGCUUCGAAGGGAAGCAUUAGGCUUAUAACAGAUCACAAGUAAAUUCUUUUGCAACAUCAAAAAGAUCUACCAUGGAAAGGUAUGAAGGUUUCUACUUAUCUAGUUUUUUUUGUAUAGUUAUGUUUAAACUCUAUAGAGGUGUUAUUAAAACUCAAAAAACAUAGAAAUGUUUUUAAGUAAUUUAGAAUUGUGAGGGCAAA